AUGGCCGAAGUCGGUAGCCAUAGAGAUGUAUCUGACUGCAAUCCAUUCAACAUUUGUGAUGUCGGUUACGGAGCAGCGUCGCCGAGAACAACGGAAGGCAAAAUGUUCUCCAUUUUUUACGGUCUCAUUGGGUGUUCUUCAGGGAUUCUGUUCUUCAAUCUGUUCUUGGAGAGGAUCAUAACAUUACUGGCGUUCAUUAUGAGAGCACGCCACGAGAGGAAGCAGCGACAGCGAGCGGCGGCGGCGGCUGCGGCUGCGGCGGCGGCGGGGUCAGACGGCACGACAGAGAACAGCCAGGUCGGAAGACGCGGUUCCCAGGAUUCGAUGGAGGAUUCCAGCCUGGACGCGUGGAAGCCCUCCGUGUACUGGGUCAUGUUCUACCUCACCAUCGCCAGCGUCAUCGUCGCUUUCCUGGGGGCCGUGAUGUUCAUGGAGGUCGAGGAAUGGAAUUACUCGGAUUCUCUCUAUUUCUGCUUCAUCUCCUUCGCUACCAUCGGCUUCGGAGAUUUUGUGUCGGCGCAGCGCUCCGUCACCUGCUGUUCCCGAGGCAACUGCACAAACGCACAGAGAAGGAAUACAGUGUCGCCCUCUCGCCUGCACAAACACUCCAUAAAGAGAGUGGAAGGUGACAUUGACUCAGUCUACGGUUCUGAAACGGAGAGAAAGCUGUCGGGAGAAAUGGUGUCCAUGAGAGAGUAUAUUUCGACGAAUAAGGCCGUCUUACCAGGGAUUAAAGAACAGGUAGGCGAGAGUGUUCUGGCACCCGUGUCGCUCGCUGUCAUGCAGAAACAGCUGUACGAGACCGCCCAGCUGGGUCGUGGCCACGCCUCCUCGCCCCACCCACGCCCCGCCCACGACGAGCGGUUCACCCCAGGUCAGGUCGGGCCGCUAGCCAUCGCCUCCUCCAAAUUGUGUGAUAGUAUGUCUUAG